AUGAAGUUCAAGUCCGUUUCCGCUGGGUUCUCUGCCGCCCUUCUCGCCGGCACCGGCCAGGCCGACGAGGCGACCUUGCCCUCGUCCUUGGCCUCCGUGCCCCCUCUGCCUACCUUCACCCCUACCACCCUCAAAGCCCCCUUUUUGGAGCAGUUCACCGAGGGCUGGGACAAGCGAUGGAAGCCCUCACACGCCAAGAAGGACAUGACCGGCUCCGACAAGGACACAGAGGAGUGGGCGUACGUUGGCGAGUGGGCCGUCGAAGAGCCCUACCAAUACAGGGGCAUGGAGGGCGACAACGGUCUCGUCGUCAAGAACCCAGCUGCCCACCACGCCAUCGCGGCCAAGUUCCCCAAGAAGAUUGACAAUAAGGGCAAGACUCUUGUCGUCCAGUACGAGGUCAAACUUCAGAAGGGCCUCGAGUGCGGUGGUGCCUACAUGAAGCUACUCCGCGACAACAAGGCCGUACACCAGGAGGAGUUUAGCAACACGACCCCCUACGUCAUCAUGUUCGGCCCUGACAAGUGCGGCCACACGAAUAAAGUCCACUUCAUCUUCAACCACAAGAACCCCAAGACGCGCAAGUACGAAGAGAAGCACCUGUCGGCUCCACCCGCAGCUCGCAUCACCAAAACCACCGAGCUCUACACGCUGAUUGUCCACCCCAACAACACCUACGCUCUGCGACAGAAUGGCGAGGAAAUAAAGACUGGUUCCCUCUUCGAGGACUUCACGCCCUCACUCAACCCCCCCGCCGAGAUCGACGACCCCAAGGACACCAAGCCGGAGGAUUGGGUUGAUCAGGCCCGCAUUCCUGACCCCGAGGCCAAGAAGCCCGAGGACUGGGAUGAAGACGCUCCGUUCGAGAUUGUCGAUGAGGAGGCUACCAUGCCCGAGGACUGGCUGGUUGACGAGGCCAGUACGGUCCCUGACCCCGAGGCUAAGAAGCCCGAGGACUGGGAUGACGUGGAGGACGGCGACUGGAUCGCGCCUACGGUUCCCAACCCCAAGUGCGCAGACGUCUCUGGCUGUGGCCGCUGGACCAAACCCAUGAAGAACAACCCCGUCUACAAGGGCAAGUGGAAUGCUCCCUACAUCGACAACCCGGCCUACAAUGGUCCCUGGGCUCCCCGCAAGAUCAAGAACCCCGAGUUCUACGAAGACAAGCACCCCGCCAACUUCGAGGCUAUGGGCGCUAUUGGCUUUGAGAUCUGGACCAUGCAGAAUGACAUCCUCUUCGACAACAUCUACGUUGGCCACUCGAUUGCCGAUGCCGAGAAGCUGGCUGAGGAGACUUUCAAGCUCAAGCACCCCGUCGAGAAGGCCCUCGCCGACGCUGACAAGCCCAAGUCUGAGGACACGCCCAAGUCUCCUUCGGACCUCAAGUUUAGCGACGACCCCGUAAACUAUAUUGAGGAGAAGCUCGACCUCUUACUCACCAUCGUCAAGAAUGACCCCAUCGAGGCCAUCAAGCUAGUCUUUGACGCUGCUGGUGGUAUCGCUACCGUUAUUGUGGCCCUGAUUGCUGUCCUGGUUGGCCUGGUCGGCCUGCGUAGCGCUUCGCCCGCCACUCAAAAGGCGGCAAAGGAUGCCAAGGACAGGGCCAACGGGGUCAAGGACAAGGCCGUGUCGGGCGCCGCCACCGGCGCUGAGAAGGCCAAUGGGGAGGCCGCCAAGCGCAGGACAUUCACCUCCCGAGCUCGCCCGUUCGACACGAAGAACUCCAAACCACCCAAGAUGAUGGCCCCCAAGUUCUACAACUUCCUCGCCGUGGUGCUCAUGCUCCUCGGCCUCGCUGCCGCGCAGCAGAGCACCACCGCCAGCAGCAGCAGCGCCCGCUCCACGUCGGUCGGCAGCACGGCCACCGGCGGCAAGGCCGCGACCACGACCGGCGCGUCCGCUACUGGCAGUGGCAAGGCGAGCGGCACCUCAGCCAGCGCGUCCGCCACCACCACCAAGAAGAGCGCCGGCAACAAGGCCGCCGACUCGACCCUCAUCACCGUCUCCCUCGCCGCUGGCCUCGUCGCCUUUGGCGUUGCCAUGUCCUAA